AGUCAAUGCAACCAAAAAAUCCCCAAAAUUAUAAAUCCCCUCGCAUCCAAUCACCCCCCUAAUCUCCCACCUCUCCCAACCAAAACCCAUUUUGAUUGAUCACUAUCCCUCUUUUCUUUCAAUCAAAAUCUUCACCAACCCACACAGUCAACACACAGAUCCCGAUCAAAUUUUCCAUAUUAUAUAUUUGUUUUUCUCCGACCCGGAUCCGAAUCCGGAAACCGACAAAGAUCCAUGGGCGUGCCGGCGUUUUAUCGGUGGCUGGCGGACCGGUAUCCAAGGUCGAUAGCUGACGUGGUGGAGGCGGAGGAGGAGAAUGUGGACGUGUCGAGUCCAAACCCUAAUGGAAUGGAGUUCGAUAACUUGUACCUGGACAUGAAUGGAAUCAUUCACCCUUGCUUUCAUCCUGAGGGCAAGCCUUCACCUACCACCUAUGACGAUGUAUUCAAAUCAAUAUUUGAUUACAUUGACCAUCUCUUCUCAUUAGUUCGCCCAAGGAAGCUUCUUUAUAUGGCAAUUGAUGGGGUUGCACCAAGAGCUAAAAUGAAUCAGCAACGUUCACGGCGCUUCAGAGCUGCAAAAGAUGCGGCUGAUGCGGAAGCUGAAGAGGAAAGGCUGAGGAAAGAAUUUGAGGCUGAGGGAAGAAAUUUGACCCCUAAAGAAAAGCCUGCAACUUGUGAUUCAAAUGUCAUCACUCCCGGAACUCAGUUUAUGGCGGUGCUUUCAGUAGCACUUCAGUACUUUAUACAAUCUAGGUUGAACCGCAAUCCAGGCUGGCGGAAUACAAAGGUUAUUCUUUCUGAUUCAAAUGUACCCGGUGAAGGGGAACACAAAAUCAUGUCAUACAUUCGAUUGCAACGUAACCUUCCUGGUUUCAAUCCAAACACUCGUCAUUGUCUAUAUGGUCUGGACGCUGAUCUGAUUAUGCUAUCUUUAGCUACACAUGAGAUUCAUUUUUCUGUACUAAGAGAGGUGAUUACUCUGCCUGGGCAUCAGGAAAAAUGUUUUAGUUGUGGCCAAGUUGGUCAUCUUGCAGCUGAUUGUCGUGGUAGGGCAGGCAAUGGAGCUGAGGAUCGGAAUGCCGUAGAUGAUACCCCAAUUCACAAGAAGAAAUAUCAGUUUCUCAACCUAUGGGUGUUGCGAGAAUAUCUGCAAUAUGAUUUGGAGAUUCUGAACCCUCCAUUUGAGAUUAACUUCGAACGAAUUGUAGAUGAUUUUGUAUUUAUGUGUUUUUUUGUUGGUAAUGACUUUCUUCCACAUAUGCCAACAUUGGAGAUCAGGGAGGGUGCUAUAAAUUUACUGAUGCAUAUUUAUAGAAGUGAGUUUGCUGCAAUGGGUGGUUAUCUUACUGAUGCGGGUGAGGUUUUGUUAGAUAAAGUAGAACAUUUUAUUCAGUCUGUUUCUGUUUAUGAAGAGCAAAUCUUUCAAAAGAGGGCUCGAAUUCAGCAGGCUUUUGAGAAUAAUGAAGAGAUGAAACUUAAAUCAAGAAGAGAGUCUGCUGAAGAGCCACAAGCACCAGUGGUAGACAAGGUUAAGCUAGGGGAGCCUGGAUACAAGGAAAGGUAUUAUGCUGAGAAAUUUAAUGUAUCAGAGCCAGAGGAGAUUGAUGAAGUUAGAAAAGACGUGGUUUUGAAGUAUGUGGAAGGUUUAUGUUGGGUCUGCCGUUAUUACUACCAAGGUGUUUGCUCCUGGCAAUGGUUUUAUCCAUACCAUUAUGCUCCUUUUGCUUCUGAUCUCAAAGAUCUUGUUGAUUUGGAAAUAACUUUUUUCUUGGGAGAGCCAUUUAAACCCUUUGAUCAGCUCAUGGGAACCCUACCUGCAGCAAGUUCAAGUGCCCUGCCAGAGAAAUACAGAAAGUUGAUGACUGACCUGUCAUCACCCAUCCUUGAAUUCUAUCCUUCUGAAUUUGACGUUGACAUGAAUGGCAAGCGCUUUGCUUGGCAGGGUGUUGUCAAGUUGCCAUUCAUUGAUGAGAAGAAGUUGAUUGCUGCAACAAAGAAAGUUGAAGGCGCUUUAACGGAUGAAGAAAAGUUUCGGAAUAGCGUGAUGCUUGAUUUGCUUUAUGUCCACCCUGCCCAUCCUUUGGCUUCACAUAUAAUUCACUAUUACGGAAUAUAUUUUCAGUUGCCUCCACGUGAAAGAUAUGUUUGGGUAAUUGAUGCAAAUGCUAGUGGUGGAAUGAAUGGAUACCUUUGGUUAUGUGAGAGAAAUGGUGUCAGCUAUAUUGUCCCUUCCCCUGUCAGUGGAUUGGCAGACAUUAAUAAUAACCAAGUCUUAAAUGUAACAUAUCUUAAUCCUCAAGCCCAUAAACACAUUCCAGAACCUCCAAAGGGUGUGCUCAUGCCUGGAAAGAUUUUAACACCUAUAGAUCUUAAACCGUUCCCUGUCUUGUGGCAUGAAGACAAUGGUUUCCGGCGGCACCAAGGGAGGGAAAGGCCACAAGUCCCUGGAGCAAUUGCUGGUCCAUUACUGGGAGAAGCAGCACAUCGUCUUGUGAAGAACACACUUAACAUCAAAAAUAACAAUUCAUCCUCUGGAUAUUUGGAGCAAGGAGCAUGGCAAAAUUUCCCAGGCAACUAUAUGGCCAACAGACCGAGGCCAGCUGGACCCUCUGGGUACCAAAGAGGCUUUACUGAAGACCCAAAUUAUUAUCAUGGGCAUCACAACAAUUUCCCAGGCAUGAUGGCUAGGCCUAGGUUUAGCGUUGCAUCAAAUGGCCUGCAAGGUGAAAGACAGAAUUUGAGGACACAAGAUAGAUUACAAUACCCAGAUCAGAUCCGCAACCUGAGGACUGGGAUAUCUGCUUUGGCAAUAGAAGAAAGUGUGAGAACCAGACCACCAGCAGUGAUGUCACCUAGGCCAACUGCAAUGAUGUCACCGAGGAUGCCAAAUUUAGGAAACUCAACAAACUUACCCAACCAGUUUGUGGAGAACAUGGGGGCGCCUCCAACACCACCUCCUAAGUGGAUCAAUAAAGCACCAGCUGCAAAUGGUGGCAUGCAUAUUAGACAACAAGAAACUGCAUCUUGGGGAACCAGUGAGAAGCAGGUGAAGAAGAUUUAUCAAGUUAAGACACGCAGUCCCCAGGAUAUUGCAGAUUCUGGAGAUAAUUCCGAUAAUAUGUGAGGUUUUGGAAAUCAGCAGUGAUUGUUUGGUUUGGGUUAAUCUUGCCCAUCUUGUUUCUGAGGGCCCCUAACUCGGUACUGCGCUCUCCUUUUAUUGUACCAUUAGAGAAAUGUUUCAGCCAGCUGUUUGGGGGCAUUACAGAAAGAAGUUUUAGCUUGGAAUAUGACGGCACACAGCAGCAUGUGCUAAUCGAUGUACAUUUUUCCCUUGCUGCAUUAGUGAUCUGUCCACUAAUUCACUGUUGAAAUCACAAAAAUAACUGAAGAUGAAACUCCAGUACAAGCCACAGACUUUGGCACACAGUGGGUGGCAUGGUUUUCUGGAUACUGGCUUUACCAAUUGGAGAUGGACUUGCUGGAGUUAUAUUUGAGAUUUAAGAGGAAUGUAAAAUAGACAUGUUAGUUGCAGUUGAUAUAGGGCCAUAGGAGAGUCAUUAGCCUGUCUUUCUAUAUUGCUGUUCUUAGUUAUCGCUUCUGUAAGGUGGGAGCAAUCAGCGAAAGAGUGCUGAUUUGUGUUCUUUUGUAUGGGAAAUGCAUCGUGUAUGAAGCUGUUCAUUCUGUGUA